AAUACUGAUCAAUUGCACAAGCGGCAGUAAAUUUUGAGAUUUUCGACGCGUGAACGCACACCAGAAAAAUAAAACAUGGAUUUAUAUGAAACUCAUGACGAUGGGCCAGGUUUUGUCGGAAUUAAGUUUUGUAAAGAAUGUAACAAUAUGCUGUACCCAAAGGAAGACAAAGAAAACAGAAUAUUGCUGUAUGCUUGUAGAAAUUGUGACUAUCAAGAAGAAGCUACCAAUCCAUGUAUAUAUGUCAACAAAAUUACCCAUGAAGUUGAUGAGUUGACUCAGAUUAUAGGAGAUGUGAUAGCAGACCCCACCUUGCCUCGGACAGAAGACCACCCUUGUCCAAAAUGUGCCCACAAAGAGUCCGUCUUCUUUCAGUCCCACAGUACCAAAGCAGAGGAAGGUAUGCGACUUUACUAUGUAUGUACCAAUCCUCAAUGUGUUCAUCGAUGGACAGAAUAGAUUGCAACUCUAUGACUAAAUAAUUCAUAUACUCAAGGAAAAAAAUAUUCAUCUAUUCAAGAAAAGAACAGAACCAGUCUUCUCCUGCUUUUCUUGCAAUUCAGAAGUGUAAUAUACAUUCUUGUCCAUACCUGUUGUUGACUUAACAUUAAACUGCAACUUAUUUUCCAGUGAAUACAGCUCACAUUAAGAUGCAGAUUUGUAGAAAUUUUGCAGAAAGCAAGAUUUGUCUUUGCUAAUAAAUGUAACUCUACAAAUGUUGUCAUUCAUCAAUGAUUUAAAGUUUACACCUUUAUUAGUGGAGAAUAGUCAUUGAAUAAUUUUUUCAUACUUUGUAUUCCAAAUCCUGUCAAUGUCAUGUAGACAAAUAGAAAUGUUUGCAUUUGUAAAUAUUUUAAAUUGCUGUAGAAUUCAUGAUAAUUAAAGUGAUGGAAUCAUUGAAAUAA